AUGGCAUCGGUGCUCGCGACAGCAAUAACAACAAUAACAAACAACAAGAAUAACAAUGACGCUGCUGCUUCGGAAUUUGAGAGGAACAUCAAAGAUUUCGCGACGCAGUUUUUUAACGAAAAUUUGUUACAGCAAAUUUUGAUUCGCUCACGCUCACUGUUCAUUUAUCAGCAGAAGAAAGCAUUCAUCAACAAUGUAUCGUCAUCUUCUGCAUUCGUUGUUGUCAGAGUAUGUCGAAGUGCGUGA